CACCAUCCUGACCUGGAAAUAUAUCACUGUUCCUUCACUGUCGCUGGGUCAAAAUCCUGGAAUCCCCUCACUAAGGGCAUCGUGGAUUUAUCUAUCAAUAAUGAUAGUGGAUGCUCCAAUUUAUUUUUUGCUAACGUGUGGGACGGGAAUGUCUCCAGUUUGUCAUGGAAGUAUUUGUUUGUCCACUUUAUAUAAACACACACUGCUUGCUGCUUAAGUCCCAGAGUGGAAGCCAGAGUUUGUACCUCAGGGAGCUUCACCACAUUCGCUGUAAAUAGUUAAUCAAACACACAUUAAUGGCAACAGUGUGUGGAAUGACUCACACUAGCAUUAAUUUGUGUCAACCCCAUGACUUGUCAGACUCUCAGCCCCAGAGAAUGAACUUUCUAGUGCUGAGCUGGGUCAUUUUCAGGUGUUCAACCGUAAUUGGGAUCUUGCUGAGUUUUGGAGCCCCCGGGGGGGGGGGGCGGGGGGUUGGAUGUGGCCCGAAUGGCCUCAGGAUAGCCCGGGGCUGCCUUUUACUCCAAAACCACCAAACAAAUGGAAUUGUUUCUGACCAGGGGCUGCACGGCUUUAACCUGGAGCCGGCGUCCCGGUCUCCUAGCAACCGUCACCAGGGAGACGGCGGCGUCCCUCCGGGGAGGAUACAGGCGCUAGUUAGAGAAAGGUUAGGCACUAGUUAGUGAUAAGUCACCCGGGAGAGUUGGUCAGUUAGUCAGCAGCUAGCGGGGGAGCGUCUGGUUAGUGGCAGGCGGGUAAUCGUUAGUUAGCAGCUAGUUACUGUCACUAGUUAGCGCGUAGCUAUGGAUUAGCCACUAACCUGUUAAUCGCUGGUUAAUGAGGAACUGUUUAAAUAUUUGUUAUUGCGAACCUCGAGCCGAGCUAAUGUCAAGUUAACGAUUUGUAACCGAGUUACUGUAGGACAAGGUACUGGUUAGUUAACGAUAAGAAUUUGUUACUAUCUUGUUAAACAUGACUUACUGAGAGGUUAUGUACUGGUUAGGGAAGAUUUACUGAGAAAGUACGGAACUUAUCAUUAGUUAUUGAGAGGUUAUGUACUGGUUAAUGAGCUGUUUAACUGAGAAAGUAAAGAGGUUUUGAUUAAUUACUAAGAGAUUAUGUACUGGUUAGGAAAGUUUACUGAGAAAGUGAUGAGAUUUUGAUUAGUUAAUGAAAGGUAAUGUGCUGGUUAGAUUUACUGAGAUGGUAGGGAUGCUUUGGUUGGUAAUGACCAGCAAUAUAACCAAGGACUGGUUAGUGAGAGAUUAGGUAUGAAGUACUAACCAGUUAAAUCAGGGUAUUAUUAACAACUAGUUAAAGGGAGACUUGGGUCUGGUUAAUAAGAAGUUGCUGAGUUUAAUAAGUGAUUAGCCUCUUCCUGGUUAGCGUGGAAUUAAUAAUAGAUUGGGGAUAGCAUUUUUUGAAAACUAACAUUGAAGAGAAAUUGAGAAUAAUUUAAUAACUAGUUAAUGACUAUGGAUUAAUCUCGAAACAUUGGAGCCAUUUAAUAAAUUUUGAGAUCAGUUUCUAACUAGUUAAACACGAACCACUGAGAUGCUGGACACUGGUUAGUGCAACAUUAAAAAGAGAGACAACCUAAGGGUGACUUUGCCGUCAAUCAGUGCAGAGAGUGAUGGUGAAAGGAGAAGGAGGGUUCAUGGUAUUCUCACGCUGACAGAUGGAGUACGUGGCCCUGGACACAAUGCAAACUGUGGACGAAAACAUCAAGGAAGGUUCAGAAGAUGACAGCCUGCCACUGCAGUCUGAGUUAGAAGGGACUGACACUCAGGAGAACGUUCAGCAGAACACUGGACAGAACAUUCGAGAGAACAUUCGGGAUAGCUUUCUGGAGACCACUGAGGAGAAAGUCCAACGACUGUGGCGUAUUCUGAAAACGGCUGUGUACGAGUCCACAGAAAAGAUACGGAGACAUGAUUGGAAGCCACUGGAUUUGGAACACGGACUGGAACAUGUGCAGCGUGUGAUGUUUAAGAAUACAAUCCAUCACAUUGUUUAUAACGUCGUCACCAAGGAGUUCAUCUGCAUGAAGUCCAAAACUGACAUCUGUGUCUAUCACUGCGAUGGGCGGAGAAAGCAGGAAUACAUACUGGGGGCGCCGAUUGAAGGAAUGGUGUAUGCUCGGCAGAUUAACCGAUACGUGGCCUGGAAUGUCUGUCCACAGGUAAAAGUCCUAGGCCCGGACUUCCAGGUCAUCUCCACCAACCGGUCGAAGGAGAGCAUCACCUGCUGCCUGUAUAACCAGGAUCUGAAUGAGAUUGUCACAGCCGGGGUUGGUAACGUCUGUACCUGGCAUUUCUACUUUGGCUGCCGUGAGCUGAUUUGUGCCAGCACCAUCACCAAAGGGCUGACUCAGCGAGAUGUCUUCACGGACCUGGCUCUGGAGAGAGUCCCGGGUACCACAGCAGCAAUGCCCCGCUCUCAGCGCUGCUACGCAGUCUGUGGGAAGGGAGUUGCUGUCAUCGACUUGCUCAAAGCUACUGUAAUUUCAUAUGAGAAACGGCUUCACAGCAGGAUAAUCACAGGCAUCAUACUGUUUGAAGCACCGAAACGUGUGGUCACUUCCUCACGGGAUGGAAACAUUAAAAUUUGGGAUGAAAAUUGGAAUCUUCAGAUAAUGUUCGUCGGGCACAGGGGUCCGGUCACUGCUCUUGCUGUCUACCCCCACGGUCCCUACCUCCUGUCCGCCUCUGAGGAUGGGACCAUUCGGGCAUGGAGCCUACAGCUGGCUGACCAAGUGGACGAGAUCCAGAUGGGGGUGACGGUCACUCUCUUGGGCACGGAACACGGGGAGGACAACAUCUUCUCCUGUGCCGACCAGAGGCUGGAUUUCUGGACCAUCAAGCACCUGUACAGGCAGCACACCACCAUCGGCCACACCAUCACAGCCAUCAAGAACAGGAGCGGAGGAUUUCCCGGGCAUUUCCCUGUGCGAGCGGCCUGCUCCUGUACCGACGGGACAGUCCGGCUCAUCUCCCCGGAGACCGGGGAGGUCAUCAGCAGCCUGCUGCUGGCCAGGGGUCAGCAGGUAGCUGACUUCGACUACUGCCUCCCCCGGGAGUCCCUGCUGGCUCUGACCGACCGAGGGGACCUGGUGAAGGCCAAUGCCCUGGCCAAUCCCAUGGAGGUCCAGUGGGAGGUGCUAGCGAGCUGCCAGGCAUCACAGUUCUGCUGCUUCUGUAUCUACGCCCACAUGGUGGACAAGGAGCUGACCCACUCCCGGUGGCUGCAAGCCGUGGCUGCAGGAAACGAAGGGAAGAUAAGGAUCUUGGGAGUGAAGGACAAUGACCGCUUCUUGCCGAUUGCUGGACAUCAGAAUGGGUUCCUGUCUGUGUUAGACUGGAAAUCAGGAAGCACUCAGUACCAGGUCCAAGCUCAUGAAUCAGGGAAACUGUUGUGUAUGGUGGCAAAUCCCACAAACCAACAGCUCAUAACAUCAGGUAAGCUAGCUCAUUCUUGUUGAAAGUUAAAAAUCACACAACACCAGGUUAUAG